AGGCUAGAACAGAAACAGAAACCGGGAGUGCUACCAAAAUAAAACAGGAACUGGAACCAAAAACAUCACGACUAAGUUCUUCAAAAUAAAAGCGGAACAAGAACAUGACAAGAUGGAUGAAAACGCAGACCAUUCAAAAUAAAACUGAAAACAAAACCAGAACCUGACAGUGUUCACACCACUAGAGAACAUGAUGCAGCAUUAUCUGAUAAACACCAACUGUGGUGUUUGCUACCAAGUAAAAAUUGAUAUUUAUUACAAAAGUUAAGAAGUUACAGUUAACCACAGAACAUUAACACCACUUUAUAAAUGUAACUUUCUUUUUUUUCAAAAUGAAACUUACUGAGUUGGCCGCACCUGACUGCAUUGCACGCUGGGUAUUACAUCAGCAAAGUGCAUUAUGAUUGGUCAGGACAGGGCCUUAUAUAGAGCUGGUACUGUACGCAGGCAAAACAAAGCUUUGAAUGUCUUUCAUCUUUUGCUGUUAGACACAAAACAAAAAGAGCAGAAAGAAAAAAAAUCAUGAGUUAUAGAGCAAAGGUCCCCAGAUGGGGAAAAAUAAGAAAACGAUUGAAAUCAUUUUUUUCUACGGCUUUUCAGACAGUAAGUCGUUUUUUUAAACCUUUCCGGCCAUGUAUCCCAACCUUUGCCUACCCCUGUUGGGGUUGGUCAGCCUCAAUGGCCGAAUAUGACGGACAGAGACAGACAACAGGAUCCACAUACGACUCCCAUGAAACCCUUUUUAAUAACAGCUCCAAUGAUCAUUAUGACUCAGCUCAAUUAUCUCUUUGUAAGACCAUUCAAGACAUAUGCUUGUCUGUGCUCAACAAACACCCACCUCUCAAAAAAGAUGCAUGUGAAGUUAUCUGUGAUACGCAUGGCAAAACAUAUGUAAUAUUGUUCAGAAUCAAUUUGUGGCAUCCACGGGUUGUUUGGAACUUUUUUUUUGUUAAUGAUGAUGCCAACAUCCACCGUUUAAGAUACAUCACUCCAUUGGAUGAUGACCAGCAGCCACGAAGGACCGUUUGGAUACAUGAACAAAAUGAGAUUGAAAGUUCUUACCCUGACAAGGCUUUUCAGUUAAAUUGGCAGAAAAUAAACCCAACCACAAAGAAUGAUAUACUUAAUAAAUUACAGGAUCUCAGCGAUGAGUUUAAAAACAGAACAAAUCAAUAUGGAUGGGUUUUAAAUAUUUUCAGUGAUCAUGUAGAAAAAAUAACAGUGGAUAAGCCAGAGUUUAAUAAUGAGUCAUCAUCAAAAUCAUUGAUGGGGAAUAUACAUGUACAUGUAGAGCAAAAAUUAAUUGAAAAAACACAUAAAUUCCUUAAGGAGAACCCUGAGAGGAAUAUUAUACAUUUCAUAAUGUAUACAAAUAAGUUUCCAUGUUUAAAAAGACGCACAAAAGACAAUACUAACCCUUGUUUUAUUCAAAUUAUAAAAUCUGCCUUUGAAUAUAACAGUGAUAGAGGAGCAGGAAUUGAUGUUUUCUUCACAAAUAGCUGGGGUCCGCUCCACCACACAAAUUUUAAUUUUUUGACAUAUUCCAAACUAAUAAAUACUGGCAAUGUUUUUCAUGAAUACCACCGUAAACAAUACAAUAAAAGAUUUAAGCUGGAUCAAAAGUGUUUCAAAGAUAACACUGAAAUACAAAAAGUACUGGCUCACACAGAUAAACCGCACAGAAUGCAAUUUAUGGAUGAACUGAAAAGAGUUAAGAAUAAACUAACAACUAAGGAACUCACCAUUAUAGAACAUAUAGACUAUUUAGAGGAAGUGGUUUAUAACAAUGAUGCCAAUACAUCAAAAAUUUACAGGGAUAAAAUUUAUGACAUGUUUUUAAAUAUGGAGCUGAAAUAUUUAGAGCAGGAAAUUUUUGUUGUUGUUGAUAUAACAUCAGAUUUCAACAGUAUAAUUGUUAAAUGUUUACUAGAAGACCUUCCAUCCAUUUUGGGGAACAAUAGGUAUUUUAGGCUUCAUCAUGUCCAGCAGGAUGAUCCAGCGAAACAAAUAAUUGAAAUGAUUAAAAAACAAAGAACUAACCAUUGAAUAACUUGAAUGCUCUGUGUUGUCAACGCUGUUGCCAGAAUAAAACAGAUGAUUCCAUCAUCAUUUGCCUCAUUGUGUUGUAGCUACACAGAGGAGAACAGUCACCUUAAUCCUAGCACUUCGUGCUGCUAGAAAAACAUAUUAUUGCUCCUUAAUUGAGGAAAACAAAAACAACCCCAGGUUUCUUUUCAGCACUGUAGCCAGGCUGACUAAGAGUCAUAGCUGUGUUGAAUCUACUAUCCCCUUAAAUCUGAGCAGCAAUGACUUUAUUAAUUUCUUUACUAAUAAAAUUAUCACCAUUAGAGAAUACAUUCAGCAACAACUUCCUCCAAAUGUAAUAAUAAUAACAUUAGCUUCAGAUUCUACUGUGAGGAACCUUGGUGUCAUCUUUAACCAGGAUCUCUCUUCUACAUCAUACAUUAAACAAAUCUCUAGAACCGCCUACUUUCAUCUUAGAAAUAUAGCUAAAAUCAGAAGCACCCAACUAACCUUGUCUCUUUCUCUCUAGUAGCUGUGCUUCUCCCCCGCUCUCUCUCCUCCACUCUGUCCUCACCUACAGGUAUCAUUGGACUCUAAGUUUGGUGUCUGUGAUGCGCAGCUGCGGAUCCAACCAUCCUGCCUGUAUUAAGUCCCUGUUCCAACCGUCCUGCCUGUGCUCUGGUGUUGCUUGUUGUUGUUGCUGUGCUUUUCUCUCUUCCUAUCCCCUCACCCCAACCGGUCGAGGCAGAUGGCCGCCCACAUCCAGCCUGGUUCUGCUGGAGGUUUCUUCCUCGUUAGAGAGGGAGUUUUUCCUCUCCACUGUUGCUGUCAAAUUUGAAUUAAAUGCUUGCUGUAUGUGGGAUUUGUUGGGUUUAGUUGUGUGAGGUCUUAAACCUUACUUUGUAAAGUGCCUUGAUAUAACUUUGUUGUGAUUUGGCACUAUAUAAACAAAUUGAAUACAACAUACACUGCAAAAGACAACAGGUACAGGCAACCGAGUAGUAUUGUCCGUGAGAAAAAACCCAACCGAGGGAGGGGAAAAGUCUGCCUACAAAGGGGGUCAGCAGCAUUUAGAGCACUGGUCGUCUCAAUGGCAGUGAAGAAACCAACGGUACCUUCUCUCACUUAGGGGGACAUUCUCAUAAGGAGAUACUAUGAGGGGACACUGUCCAGCCACGGGAGUUGUACUAACUGCCCUUGUACUUGAUGCUAAGCCACUCCCAAACCUCAAUGAGGAUGAGGUGAGACCUCAGACACUUAAGUGAGACACUAACUUGUUUCUUGCCAAACAGAGCACUCAUAACUUUACUGAAAGUCGUUGUUAUGUGUGUAGAAACAUGCCAAAGUCUGUACAAUCUGUGACAGAGAUCAAAGUGUGCAAAAUAAUUUAAUAAAGUUUUUUGAAUCUUGAA